AGGUAAAUGUAAACAGUUUCUUAGAAAUCAUGUUGCCUAACAGACAACAAAUAUUAAGCAGCUACUUGCUGGUGUGCUGCAUCCUCUUUGCGAGCAGUUUCGUAACCUCAGCUCUUGUUAGAGCCGACGGACGCGUUGUUGGUGGCGUUGCCGCGCCCCUCAAUAGUGCACCUUAUGCCGUUUCAAUGCAAUAUCAGAGCACUCACUACUGUGCCGCCAACAUUUUGAAUGCCAACUGGCUGGUUACUGCAGCUCAUUGCUUGACAAACAGGGCACAGGUUCUUGGCAGUACUCUCAUCGCUGGAAGCAAUGCUGUCGCUGGCACCGCCUCAACGACGCAAAAACGUAGCAUUAGCUACUUUGUUAUCCACGAUCUAUACACCGGUGGACCUGUUCCCUACGACAUUGGCUUGAUCUACACGCCAACAGCAUUUACAUGGAGCGCUGCUGUAUCGCCUGUUAGCUUACCCGCGUCUGGAGUGAUUCCCACUGGCACUGCAAAUUUGUAUGGUUGGGGCAGCACCUCGACAACCAAUACAGCUUCGUAUCCAAGCGUGUUGCAAGUAGCUGCUAAUAUUCCUAUUAUUACCCUGAGUGCUUGUGAAGCAGCACUGGCCCCCAAAGGAGCAGAUGUUCACAGCACAAACGUUUGCACGGGUCCUUUGACUGGCGGAGUAAGCAUAUGCACAUCAGACUCUGGCGGACCAUUGGUUCAGGGUAAUGUAUUAAUUGGCAUUGUAUCUUGGGGCGCACAGCCUUGUGGUCAGGCCAACUCUCCAUCCGUUUACGUGCAAGUCUCUUCCUUUAUAUCGUGGAUUGCAAAUAAUCAACAAUUAUAAUUAAUAGCUUAUACCAAGCGAGUUCCGAAAAUUCGCUGAUAAUAAAUGUUCUAAAAAUACUGCAUG